AUGGUGGUUGUGCCAGUAAACCUUAUUAGUGCAAUUUUUGCAGCGGCUGCUGCUGCUCCUCCUCAUCCAGUGCCUGCACAUGGUCAAAGUCGAUCUGUAAUGGGAUCACUUGGUGCCACUAUUGCAGAUGGUUUGGCCUGGGGUACUGGUACUUCUAUUGCUCACAGGGCUAUGGAUGCUCUGAUGGUUCCUCAUGUCAUUAAGCAUGAGACUGUUGCCUCAUCGGCUUCUGAUGUUCCACCAGCUCCAAACACAAACGGUGUUGGAAGUUCUACUGUCUGUGCUGAUCAAUUUAAGGCCUUAAUUGAUGUAUGAUUCUCCUCCUCAUACCACGU